AUGGCCUCCGUUUGUUCGACCAGCCCCUGUCUGAACGGUGGCACGUGCUCGACUAAAAACAACGUUGACUACACAUGUGGUUGUGCUCCUGGAUAUCUCGGGAUCCGAUGUCAAUACAAGGAACCGUGCGAGAGUGUAACCUGCGUUCACGGCACUUGCGAAUCAAUCCUGGGCGGUUCCGACUUUUAUUGCAGAUGCGAAGAAGAUUGGCAGAACGUCCUUUGCGAUGGGCCCAGAUAUAUCUAUACUUCGUCACCUGUGGAUAAGGGAUGCUUUGCAACCACUGAUGCGCUGGGAGGACCACUCUACUACAAAACGAGCGAUCCUGCGAUGACUUUUACUAAAUGCAUGAACCUCUUGACAUCUAAGAAUAGCCCUACAUACACUUUUUUCACAUUGUCUGGGACAGACUGUUACUUAUCAUCGUCGUCCGCUCUAAACAAUUCUAAAAGUGAUGCGAAUUGUAAAACAGCCUGUGCAAAUUCAAAUGAGAUCUGUGCAGAAACGAACAAACGUGCUUUAGUAUUCUCUUAUGAGCCAGAUGUAUACGAUCCCAACGAAUGCGACGGCAAUCCUGGAUUGUGCAACGCUAACAUCGGUCAGGGUGUGUGCGUGGAUAUGCCACCUGAUAAAGGCGGUCACCUUUGCAAAUGUAGUCCUUCGUAUGAAUUAAGCGAUUGUUCAAAGGAAAAACCUUCACCUUGUGCCAGUUUGCCUUGUUUGAAUGGAGGUACGUGUGUUGCUGACACCGUGUUAGGGACUUUUGUGUGUAAUUGCGAUAGCAGUUACACCGGACCAGUAUGUGAAUUUGAACUGAAGUGCACGAAGGGAAUAUGCCUGCAUGGAGGAACAUGCAUUGAGAACUAUGAUGGCACAUACAAAUGUGAAUGUCUAGAAUACUACCAUUCGAGUAACUGUCAAGAUCUCAGCGCCUGCGAUUUCGCCAAUAAUUGCGUAAAUGGAACCUGCCAGUCCGUAAUAAAUGGAAUUGUACCAGGAACUGUCUGUUCAUGUAUUCCAGGAUAUACAGGCGAAUUUUGUUCUGAAGAUAUUGACGACUGUGCCUCAUCACCUUGUCUGAAUGGAGGAACAUGUCAUGAUGGAUAUAUGAACUAUACCUGCACCUGUAUCUAUGGAGUAGAUGGAGAUAACUGUGAUCACGAUAUUCCCGAUUGUGUGCCGUAUGAAGAUGAUGCUGGAAAGGUGUUCCCAAAUCGAUGUGUUACAAAAGAUGCAGCGGCAGUGUGCGAUGAAGGAUUUGGCGAGUUCACCUGCGUAUGUUCAGCGCAAUGGACUGGCACAUAUUGUGAUCUAAACGUUCUCAUCAAAGAUGUGUUGAUGGCGGUCUAUGGAGAUGUAAACUUGGACAUGAUUCCCAUGUUGGAGGAUCUGCUACGAAAUCCUUCCCAGAUUAAGGAUAUGGUACCCUUUAUUGUUGGUUUACAAGAAAGUGAUAAUCGAACGGAAUUAAGUUGGGAGUACGAGGACAUGUUUAUUUGGGCAGCCUUUGAAGAAAAGCGAUUGGAUCUACAACGUGAUCUUCAUCUGUGGAAUGAUGUUGUACUUGGAAACUGCUUCACGUUCAAUCAUCGUACGAGCACACUGGAUUAUAAAAUGCGUUCAUCCGGGAUUCAAGGCGGUCUUCAAGUGAUGAUGAGAGUUGGCUCAGAUGAGUACGUACCAUGGUUUGAUACCGCAUCCGUACUCGUAUUUGUUCAUAACAAAAAUGAGUACGUAUUCUCCGAGUCUGUACGUUAUAAUGCUCAACCGAACGGUGAAACCCUUAUUUUAAUUCGUGAUACUAAAUAUGCUCGACUCGCCGGAAGAUAUGGAGUUUGUGUGAAAAAACCAUCCGAAGUAAAAGCUUACUAUUAUGAAGGACAGUACAGUACUGAUGGAUGUCUUCGUUCAUGUUAUCAAGAUAUGAUCUUCAAAUCAUGCUCAUGUAUGGAUCCACGAUAUCCUGUAGCACCUAAUACUCCAACAUGUGAACUUGUUCAAAGGCCAUGUAUCGAUAGCGCAGUAGAAAAUGCAGGCGAUCCGUCAACCUGGGAAUCGUGCGUAUGUCCGUUACCAUGCGUGAAUCAGCAAUAUUCUGUGGAAUGGCAUCGUACGAAAUCCGUUUUAGCGCCAUUACGUUGUUCACAAUAUUCCGCUACUUCUUAUGAAACGUGUAAGGAAGAAUCCGAAGAUGACGUGUUAAUCACGAUAAAUCUACCUCGUCUGGAAUUUCAAGCAUUUGCAGAGGUCCCUGAUAUGGAUCUGAAUCGAUUCAUAUCUAAUUUGGGUGGACUUCUUGGUGUUCUUAUGGGUGUCUGCAUUCUCUCCUUUAUUGAAGUUGCUGUCCUUGGAUUUCGUCUAGUCAUGAUAUUUUGUUCCCGGAAAUAG